AUACUUUAUUUUGUAUCGGCAUUGCAUGUAGGAUCUAACGGAUCUGACAUUGGUAUUAAGUUGCCAUUGGCGAGCUGGGCGUGCCAAAUCCUCUCUUAAAAAGUGCAGACUAUCUAUUUUCGCAUAGAAAAAAGGAAUAGAUUCUUGAUUUCUUGCCCUUCAGUAGUAGCAUAAAACGCAUUUUCAUUUCAUUGCAAACCAAACAACAAUCAUGAAGUUCUCCACUGCCUUCCUUGCUCUUACCGCCAUCGGCUCCACCGCCGCCAAGACCAUCUCCGGAAAGGCCGCUCGCAAGUUGGUCCGAUCCGCCCGUCGUCUCGAAGACGCCGCCGAGGARGAGGAACAACAAGAAGAAGACUAUGCCUUCCUUGGUAACUACAACGUGAAGAUGGUUGGCUGCAAGUCCCAGUUGGAGACUCCUAUCAUGAACGAAGMSGGUGAGUACGAAUACUCUGCCGUCCUYCUCCGAUUGUGCCCUGCCRCCGACGGAUGUGACUCUUCCKCCACCGAAGGAUGCAAGAACGGAUACGGAGAAAUCCUUGUUGGACUUUCCACCUACGUYGAGGCCUACUUCGAGGAUAUCAACAAGCAGCAGGAGGAGAACGCCAACGACGGYGAAGAAGAAGAGGACGAAUUCGAMGCCGACCGUUACGCSAAGUGCGAAGAAUACAACCCCGACGAGAACGCCGAUGAUGCCAACCAAGGUCAAUGGGAGAACUACGCCUUCUUCGUUGGACCCACCUGUACCGAAGACGGCUUGRRCCUCAAGCUCGASCUUUUCCAGGACGAAUACUGCUCCACCAAGAGUGAGAUUGAGUUCGAUGCCAUCUCYAACGGAUGGUCKCUUCCUUACAGCGAUGGCGGACUUGUCUCUACCAACUGCGCCUCUUGCUCUGAGUACAACGACGACGGUGAGCUCGAGAUCAAGGAAAUGUGCCAACAGACUUACGAAGAAGCCGCCUACAAGUGCGAAGAAGGUAUGGAAACUUACUCCUACUUCGGACAGAACGUCCAGGGAUGCGAAACCAUCGAAGAAAUGUUCCCCAAGACGGGCGGAAACGGAGGAAAGAUCUUCGGAUGGAUCGUCUUUGCCGGAGUUGUUGCCGGACUUGGCGGAUACGUCAUGUGGUGGCGCAAGAAGAAGGCCAGCAGCAUCGAGUAAACGCGUUUCAUCGCGUCACUCCACCGGUUUUAUCCAGCUUACUUUUGUACAGCCGCGAAUUCAUCUCGUCUCUCAGCCGCCACCUGCGGCUGAAGGCGACAUGAUCUCUUACGGCAACUCUGUUGUUCCUUCCAGUAGUCGCUCUGCCAUUACUCCUAUGCACAAACGCGUAUCGAAAGUCUGUCAAUAACCGAUCAUUUGGUGUUGGUUUCUAUGCGUUGACUCCAAGUCAUGUUCACGUGGUGAUAAAUGUUUGAGGCCCCACUCCGUGUUGGUGGUUUCGGCAAUUUAUCAAUAAAAGUAUAAAAAAUAC